CUGGCAUCGAAUCGGUAUUUAUUCUUGGAGACCUCAACGCGCAUCCAGCCUGUACGUGAACGAGCUGAUUGAGGGACUCAGCAGUAUGCCGGUAGGCUGCUACGUAGACGGUGUCUGCGUCAACAACCUUAGCUAUGCCGAUGACAUGGUGCUGCUGGCUCCUUCAAUCAGUGCGCUUCGCAAGAUCAUAUGCUGCAACACAUGGCUUGAAGUAUAAUGUCAGGAAGACGGAAGUCAUGAUCUUUAAGGCGGGUACCAAGUGUCCAACGUAUGUUCCACCUUUAAAACUCAAUGGAGUAACUCUUAAUAGAGUUCACAAAUUCAAAUACCUUGGACACUUGUUAACCGAGGACCUUAAGGAUGAUGACGAUAUGGAAAGGGAACGCAGGGCAUUGUCGGUCCGAGCGAAUAUGGUGGCCCGAAGGUUUGCCCGAUGUACAGAUGCUGUGAAAAUCACACUGUUCAAGGCAUACUGUACAUCCUUAUACUCAGCAAGCCUGUGGGUUCACUACACGCAAAGGGCUUACAAUGCUCUGCGAGUCCAAUACAAUAAUGCGUUCAGGAUUCUGUUGCGGCAACCUCGGUUCUGCAGUGCAUCGGCUAUGUUUACCAAGGCGCGGACAGACGGCUUUGAUGCCGUCUGGCGCAGGAAAACAGCCUCACUAUUGUGCAGAGUCCGUGGAAGCAGCAACAGCAUCCUGCGUAUGAUUAGUGAUAAGGCGGAUGGUCCUCUGCUGGGGAAACUCAUGCAGAGGACUAAAUCCCUUUUAGUAAUUAAGUACUAACAUAGUUUUUAAGUUUUUUAUUGUUACUAACUACUUAGUGUUUAA